GCCGGUUAUUCUUUCUCUGCGUUCAGGUUUAGCCGUCUCAUUUCUGUUUGUUACGGCAAAGGAAGAUGUGGCCCCAAUAUGCUCAUUUUGUAUUGUUUAUUUGUGCAUACUCGCCUGCAGUGGCGGGACAACAAAACAAUAUAACACAUUCAGCAGAGUAUAGACUAAGAAAGGCUCUCCUUUCUUCUUAUGACAAAAUGGUACGUCCGGUGUUGGAGCCGUCAGAUGUUUUAAAAGUCAAAUUUGAUGUGCAGCUCCUGGCUCUCAACGCAGUGGACAAUAAAGAACAAACUAUCACAACAGAAACGGUGAUCACGCAGCAAUGGAAUAAUCCUUACCUACGUUGGGCUCCCGAGAAUUAUGGAAACUUGAAACAAAUACUUGUGGAUCCAAGAGAAGUUUGGGUGCCUGAUGUAGUACUAGAAAACAAUGCAGAUAAUGGGGUUGUUCAGGCGGGGCACGUGGAAAAAUUCCGAAGUUGGGUGCGUGUGAGCAGCGGUGGACAUAACACGUGGCUAUCCCCAGCAACGUUCAAGAGCAAGUGUGGGCUUAGUUUCAAGAACUUUCCCUUUGACACACAGAAGUGCAGCCUAGUUUUUCGUUCUGUAACAUCUGACCGUACCUUUUUAAAUAUCGAUACCACACACAUCAAAAACGAUAAUCCUGAGGAAGAGCUUAACCUCACCACAUCUAAUGGUUAUUGGUCUCUGAGAAGCAUUGAGAUCAAGACCGAGGAUAAGAAGCAAUCACCGAUAUUCAGCAAAGUUGAAGUAUCAUUUCGUAUUGGACGUAAACCCAUGUUCUUUAUCCUUUUCACCAUCGUUCCUUGUAUGAUCAUUGGGCUGCUGAUUCUCGUGAGUUUCUAUAUUCCCAAUGAGGUGGGUGGAAGGAUCGGACUGUGCUCAACGAUUCUGUUGUCAGUCAGCGUGUACCUACUCGUCAUCGUAAACCAGCUUCCCGAACAGUCCGACGAGUUGCCCAUUAUUGGUGUUUACUACAUUGCGACCAUGGUUGAGAUCGGUCUGGCGCUGACUGCCACAGUUGUAGUCAUGAUGGCUUACCACGCCACUUCCGAGCCACCCCGUAUCUUGACUUGGAUAACAGUGUUUAACAGGAUUGGUUCCUGCGGAAGAAACAAAAGAAGACUACGUAUCAAUGACGCUAAUUUGAAUUCAUCUCCUGAAGUUGGGGAAGUAAAUACCACUGGCAUUGCAAUGGAGGAAAUUGUUGAUGUGGAGCUUGGAGAGGUGGAUGGGCAGACUUCAGCUGACACCCUCGGGGAGAAAACACCACCCACCUCGGUUUCUAAAGAAGAAGUCAACCAAGAAACUUGGAAGGAAAUCGCUCGUGCACUCGACCGUGUUUUCUACUGGUUGUUUUUGGCGCUGGUUGUGUCUUCUUCCAUUACAAUUUACGCACACGCAGGAAAGCUUUAAUCGCUCGGUCAAUGUAAUUUCAAUUGACCUCUUUGGAAACUGCUGGGCGAAGUCCGCUCUGGUGUUCAAUAAAUAAUCAAAUAAUGUCUGUCCAGUUGUAAGCAGUUUUUUUAAAGACUAACUGUUUUACAGAUGUAGAAUUGAACUUGUAAAACCAGUCCUAUUCUCAGGUGGUGGCAAUCCGGCGAACAGCGGUGCGAACAGAACGAGCUGAUUGAGUGAAUUUAACCGAUAGAAUCAAAAUGCUAUUUCCAAGCUGACAAAUAGUACUGAGUACAGCCACGUAUGCUGGUAACACGAUAAACUGUUGAAAUUUUGGCCUUUUUUACGGCUGAUAACGGUUAACUUACUUCUUUUGUAAUUAAAUGACAAAUUUUAAUGGUUAACUUUUUUUACGACCAACCGUUUAAAUUUGUCAAUUUUUACUCCUAACGGCUAAAUUUUUUGACCGUUUGACGGCUAAAGGUUAACCCCAUUGAGACCCUCUGAAAGACGGCAACCAUUACUUGAAGUGAAGUUUUCAACUUGCAUGAUUAAUUGUUCUCCGAAGCAUCAAAAAACCCUGCUCCUUCAAAUAGACUGGAGACAAGUAUUCUUAUCCUUGAUACCCCAGAGUUUUUUUUUUUGUUCGACGUCUUUUUGUUCUUCUUCUUCUAUUUCUUCUCUUUGAUGGAAGUCAACCUGAGCUGAAAUAGGGAACAUUUGUUGGUUCCGAUGAAAAUUUUCAGUGAAGGUGAUUGGUUUCUUCUGUCAUGACGAGGUCUAGAUCUGUUUACAUUUCAGUACGAGAUAAACCUGCCGAGAGGCUCACUUUUGAUAUUAACCGUUUAACUCAAGAGAAUACUCAAACUUCUCAGGUAGAAGUUGUCAUCUUGAUCUGACACCAAAUUCUUGUAACUAAUUUACAAGGAAAUGAAUAGCAGUUUUAGGGAAGAAUUAACAAUCAGAUCUUGGGGGCUAAAGGGUUAAAAAAUUAAAGAAAAUUUGUAAAAUCCCUAACGAACGGGUCGAGCCGAGAACGAAUUGUUCACUGAGAGAACUGAUAUUCGCUAUCAGGUAGUUUUUAGAAGUAAUUGUUUUAAAUCUAUGUACUCCAAAUUUUGUUCCUCUAGGGAAAUUAAAUUCCUAAUGAACUCUCUUUGUAAGCUUCU